GCAGCAUGCGGCCGAGGCAGCUGGAGGAAGCCCGGGGGGAUGCAGGUCUCUCAGUGUCCUGGACCGCUGGCGCAAACCUGAGCAGGGUCAUAUGUGGUAAAGAGGGCUGGCUCCUCUUCCUCACCUUCGUCUUCAUCACCUCUGUGCCUGCUGGGACUGCAUGGCCCUACGAUUACCGGCACUUGUACAACCACUGCCCCGGGCCUGAGUGGAGCGUGAUGUGCAGAGGCUGCUGUGAGUACGAUGUGAUCCGCUGUAAGUGUCCUCUGCAAGGGACUCAGGUGGGCUACGCUGUGCCCUGCUGUCGCAACGCCAUCAACGAGUGUGACCCCUGCAUCAUUCAUCCAGGUUGCAGUAUAUUUGAGAACUGUAAGCGCUGUAACAAUGGCACGUGGGGAUCCAGGGAUGACUUUUUCAUCAAUGGCCGAUACUGUGCAGAGUGCCGUCCGGGCUGGUCUGGAGGAGACUGCAUGAAGUGUGGGGGAGUGAUCCGGAAAAAACAAGGCCAUUUGGUGCUGGAGAGUUACCCCAACAACGCCCGCUGUGAGUGGACCAUCCAGGUGGACCGGCCCUUCACCGUAGAACUCAGGUUUAUGAUGGUGAGUGUGGAGUUCCAUCAUUCCUGUCAUUACGACUACAUCGAGGUUCGAGAUGGCGACAGCAUACGCUCUCGUGUGAUCGCUCGAAUCUGUGGCACCAACAGGCCCCCUCCCAUCCACAGCACUGGCAACAGUCUGCACAUCCUCUUUGUCUCUGACGGCUACAAGAACUUUGAUGGCUUCUUUGCGACUUUCCAGGAGACUUCAGCGUGCAGCUCUUCCCCCUGUCUGCAUGAUGGGACCUGUAUCCUGGAUAGCUCUUACACCUACCACUGCGCCUGUCUGGCCGGGUACACAGGCAAGAGGUGUGAAAACGUGGUUGGUUGCCGCAGACCCCCGGUGCCCGCCCAUGGCUCUACGGAGGGUCUGUUUCACCACUCUGGGGCACGCAUCACUUUCCGCUGUGACCCUGGCUUUGAGCUGCAGGGGCACCGCUCUGCCAUCUGUUUGAGCGAUGGCACUUGGAGCGCCCAUGCCCCGAACUGUGUGCCAGUGGAAAGAGUGUGCACCCUGCCCCCGAAGCCAGCACAUGGGGACCACUUCCUGGUUUAUGGACCCAAUGAUGUUCUGAUCGCGCUGCAGUACUUGUGCCAUCAGCCGUAUGAGCUCAGCGGCGGCUCCCAGAGAACAUGUCUGCCCAACAACACCUGGAGUGGGGCCGCUCCUGUCUGCAUCACAGUGAAUAACACUCUCCCAGAAGCCGAAAAGGGUAAAGACUUGAGCAAAGAGCCUGAAAAGGGGCAGGAGACUGAUAUAUACACCGACCAAGACAUCACGAAAGUUAAAGAGAGAGGUCACGAAAACACAAGCGAAGACAAAUCUGGCGGUGAGAGACGAGAAUCCACUACCUCAAACACAAACUCUACGGCGGUGGACACGGAGGAUAAAUACACUGGGAAUACUGAGGCUGACCCAGACCAAACAUACAGCAAACCGCAGCCCACAGGGAGCACUAAAACAGAAAUUGUCAUCAUAAAGGACAAAGGUCAAGAAGAGAAGGAACGCAAAGAGGAGCAGGUCAACGGAAAGAAAGAGAGAGACAAAGUUGGACCCAAUGACACCAAACUGAGGACCGUCAUAACAGAGGCAGACAACACACUGGAGAUUUUUGACCUGGGGUUGACUAAUAUUACUGUUGCUGUUGAUGUAAAAGACACCAAAGUGCAAAACAAUACAAUAAGUGUAGAUCCGGUCAGGAAACUCUUACCCACAAGAAUCAACAUCACGCAGUUCACCAUGUACCGGAGUACAGGGGGAGAGGGAAAUGGCAAACCAAAGGAAAAUAAAACAAGCAAAGAUGAGAAGGGAUCUGCAGGGAAAACAGCGGAAGAGAGGGAGAAGGAGAAAGAAAGAGAACCGAAUCAAAGUAUCAGUGAAAAAGGCUGCCCUCCUCUUCCUCGUCUUUACAACGGAUACCAGCAGGUGGUGUCAGGAGCGCAGCCUCUCACAGUGGAGUUCAGGUGUAACCACUCGUACGCGCUCAGUGGAGACGCUCAGAGAACAUGUCAGGCAGAUGGGACCUGGACGGGCCUGCAGCCUUUCUGUGUUAGAGCAUGUCGAGAGCCCAAAGUGUCAGAACUGGUGAAACAGCGGGUCCUGCCCCCUCAGGCCCCUUUUAGAAAGACCCCAGUCCAUAAGCUGUUGAGCAGGCAGCUGCGCUCUGAUGGGUCUCAGCUCUCUCAGCUCCCUCCAGGCUUCCACCACCUCUACACCCACAUCGAGUACGAGUGUGCCUCCCCCUUCUACCACCACUCAGGCAGCUCCAGGCGCACUUGUCUCAAAACGGGGAAAUGGAGUGGCCGUCAUGUCUCCUGUUCGCCAGUUUGUGGGAAGCAUCCAGCCUUUGACCCGGAGAGGCCAGGAGAGGCACACUGGCCCUGGCUCGCUGCCAUAUACCGGCGGUCCGGCGUCGGAACUGCGAGCGGGGUGUCCAAGGCAGAUGGCCAGGCUGGGACCCCCAAGAAACAUGGAGGAAGUGGCAGCAGCUCUAGCAGUGAACCGGCUUCUCAGUGGCAGCUGGUGUGCAGUGGGGCUCUGGUGAACCAGCGGACUGUGGUAGUGGCCGCGCACUGUGUGACCGAGCUGGGCAAAGGGUACCCCCUGGAUCCGGAUCGGGUCAAAGUGGUGGUGGGCAUGAACUAUCGCCAUGACAACAGGGAGAGUAAGGCUCUGCAGCACCUGAGGGUCUCCUCCAUCGUUGUCCAUCCAGACUAUGACCCUCUCAUCCUGGACUCAGACUUGGCUGUGAUCAAGCUGCUCGACAAAGCCCGGAUAGGCGAGAAGGUUCUGCCCCUGUGCCUCUCUGAUGGACAGGACUUGGAGGUACCAGGGGGGCAGGGGCUGGUCACAGGCUGGUCUCCCAUUCCUGAUCCCUCGCUUGGCUCCGGUGAGAAGGCCCGGGUGGGACUGGUUCACCUCACUGACGUCGUCCCAUGUGAGAAUCAGUACGCUCGAAACGGCGUACCGGUUAGCGUCACAGACAACAUGCUAUGUGGAAGCCAGAAGCCUGAUUACGGAGACUCCAGUAUAUGCCCUUCAGACACUGGGGGCAUUUUGGUGCUCCCUGGACUUGUGCAGUUUCAGUCAGACAAGAAACAAGCACAAGGAGAGAGCACAGAACCCUGGAGACUGCUGGGAUUGGUCAGUUUUGGCUAUGAUCAGGGUGAGUGUGACCCUGACCUCUACACGGUCUACACACGAGUGGACAACUUCAAAGACUGGAUCCAGGCUCACAUGAAAUAGGAUUCGCUUCAGGAUAUCUGUUACUGAGUCUCCGAGCCAGUAUUCCAUGUAAUUAUUUUGGGCUCUUGGACAGUAAACUAUUGCACUUUAAGUAAGCAGCGUAUGUGCCUGUUAACAAAAUAGAAAUGAUUGGAUCUAAUACUUUUACAAAUUAUAGACAAACAUACUAACUACAGCCACAGGUGGUCAGUAAGGAGGUAUUGUUUACUUGUAGGUACCUAUUUUUCAUAGUAUAUAAGGGCUUUGUAAUAAAUUAUUGAACUUAUAACUACUGCUAGUUUGUAUACAGAUUAGCAAGGUACAUUAUAGUGCUCUAUACCUUUUCCAUUGUGAGAUAAGGCCAAUGACUAAGAGAUGCCAGUCAUUUCCAAGUGCUCUGAGAUUUCUUUUCAAAUCAGUAUUACAUGGAUCACUUAUACCUGCAAGCUUGUGCAAACUGUGCUUUUGCAAAUAGACAAGCUCCAUUUUUUGGUAUACGAGUGUCAAAAUGACAUCAAAAGUAUAUCAUAUCAUAACUUGGAGUAAAAAUAUGUUAAGACAAAGUACUAAACUGCUCAUCUUGUACAAAAAUGAAUAAAUAAAAUAAAAACUCUCCAGCUAAAGAUGACAGGUUAUUAGCCUAUGAUAGAUAACGUGACUGGGACUUUGUUUUAAAAGUUUCAACACUACUUAAUUUAAAAGUGAGAUUAUCCCCUCAACGUCCAACAAGUUAUAGCGCUUUUAACGAGAUUAUUGCUGUUAAAAGUCUUAAGAAAUGUUUCAUAGCUGACAUGACAAGAGUUUUGGAAAUAUUCACACUGUUUUCACAACAUUUCCUUGAUCUUUUCCUUUUUCAUGCAACACUGGACGAUGGCUCAAACUGCAGGGGGCGCUAGUACAUUAAAUGUGCUGUGUAGCAUUCUGUUCUUCUGCACACUGUUCAGGUUCAGAACAGACUUGAAAACCACCAGCAAACCUCCUCUGGCUAAUAUAAAGGUUUGUAAAUAUGCUGCAACUGACUGUAUCAUUGUAACCUUUGGGAGUUGUACAUAGUGUAAGAAAAGAAUAAUGAUUAAAACCGUGUUAAUAAAAUAAAA